AUGAUGAGCUUCCGAGGAAAGGAAUUUUGGAAGAAGAAGCGGACAGUGAAGAGAGUGAACCCAGAAGGAAUCCACAGGGUUAGUGCUCAGGAAAAGCCCAGACUUUUGGAGCCUCUGGAUUAUGAAACUGUCAUUGAAGAACUUGAAAAGACCCAUCGGAAUGAUCCUCUUCAAGAUCUUCUGUUCUUCCCCAGUGAUGACUUCUCAACAGCCACAGUUUCUUGGGAUAUCCGAACACUAUAUUCAACAGUACCGGAAGAGGCAGAGCACAAGGCAGAAAGUUUGCUGGUGAAAGAGGCUUGUAAAUUCUACAGUUCCCAGUGGUAUGUGGUAAACUACAAAUACGAACAGUAUUCUGGAGACAUACGACAGUUACCCCGAGCAGAACACAAGCCAGAGAAACUUCCUUCACACUCUUUUGAGGUUGACCAUGAAGAUGCUGAUAAGGAUGAAGAUACCACAUCCCACUCAUCUUCCAAGGGUGGCGGGGGAGCUGGAGGUUCUGGUGUGUUCAAGUCUGGCUGGCUUUACAAGGGGAAUUUUAACAGCACUGUGAACAACACUGUCACUGUUCGGUCAUUCAAAAAGCGCUACUUCCAGCUGACUCAGCUGCCAGACAACUCCUACAUUAUGAACUUUUACAAAGAUGAAAAGAUAUCCAAAGAACCCAAAGGCUGCAUCUUUUUGGAUUCCUGCACAGGUGUGGUACAGAAUAACAGGCUGAGGAAAUAUGCCUUUGAGUUGAAAAUGAACGACCUGACCUAUUUUGUGCUGGCAGCUGAAACCGAGUCUGAUAUGGAUGAGUGGAUCCACACACUCAACCGCAUCCUGCAGAUCAGUCCUGAGGGACCACUCCAGGGAAGGAAGAGCACAGAGCUUGCCGAGCUGGGGCUGGAUCCAUUGGAUAAUUCUGUGACUUGUGAAUGUACGCUGGAGGAAACAGAUUCUUCAGAGAACAGCCUACAUCCCGACUUUGCAAAAUACCUCACAGAAACUGAAGAAACUGUCAAAACAACAAGAAACAUGGACAGGCUGAAUCUGUUCUCACUGGACCCAGAUAUAGAUACCCUGAAGCUUCAAAAGAGGGACAUUUUUGAAAACGAGUUUGUGGUCAAACCGUUUGAAGAGAAAGCUGCCAAGAGAAUCAUGGUCAUCUGCAGAGCGCUCAAUUUCAGUCUUCAGGGAAGUGUUACAGAGAAUGAAAAUGAUCCUGUGACCAAUAUCGAGCCUUUUUUUGUGAGUGUGGCACUUUAUGACCUCAGAGACAGCAGGAAGAUCUCUGCCGAUUUCCAUGUAGAUCUGAAUCACCCUGCUGUCCGGCAGAUGCUCUCGGGAGCCCCACCAGCCUUGGAAAACGGCAACAUUGACCCUGGCACACCAAGACAAUCAGAGGAACCUCACAUAAAGGGCCUUCCAGAGGAAUGGUUAAAAUUCCCAAAGCAGGCUAUAUUCUCUGUGAGUGAUCCACACUCUGAAAUUGUUUUGGUGGCCAAAGUUGAAAAAGUUUUAAUGGGAAACAUUGGGAGCAGUGCUGAACCUUACAUAAAGAAUCCAGACUCCAACAAGUUUGCACAAAAAAUACUAAAAUCCAAUAGGCAGUUCUGCAGCAAAUUGGGAAAAUACCGAAUGCCAUUUGCUUGGGCUGUGAGAUCUGUAUUCAAGGACAACCAGGGAAAUGUGGACAGAGACUCAAGAUUUUCACCAUUGUACAGACAAGAAAGUAGCAAGAUUUCAGCUGAGGACCUGCUCAAACUGGUAUCGGACUACAGACGAGCUGACCGGAUAGGCAAAAUGCAGACCAUCCCUGGAAGCCUGGAUAUUGUGGUGGACAACAUUCCCUUGGAGCAGCCAAACUGUGUAACAUCGUCCUUUAUCCCUGUCAAGCCUUUCAACGUGAUGGCUCAGUCAGAACCUACAGUGGAGGUGGAAGAAUUUAUUUAUGACUCAACAAAGUAUUGCCGUCCAUACAGAGUAUACAAAAAUCAAAUUUAUGUCUACCCCAAACACCUCAAGUACGAUAGCCAGAAAUGCUUCAACAAGGCACGAAAUAUAACUGUGUGCAUUGAAUUCAAAAAUUCUGAUGAAGAUGGUGCCAAGCCCAUGAAGUGUAUUUACGGAAAACCGGGAGGGCCGCUCUUCACUUCAGCAGCCUACACAGCUGUGCUGCACCAUUCUCAAAAUCCAGAUUUCUCCGAUGAGGUGAAAAUUGAGCUACCAACUCAACUCCAUGAAAAACACCACCUUUUAUUUUCCUUUUAUCACAUCACAUGUGACAUCAAUGCCAAAGCUAAUGCCAAAAAGAAAGAGUCUCUGGAGACUUCAGUGGGAUAUGCUUGGCUUCCUCUGAUGAAACAUGAUCAAAUAGCUUCUCAGGAGUAUAAUAUCCCGAUAACAACCACCCUGCCUCCUAAUUAUUUAAGCAUUCAAGAUUCUACAAGUGGAAAGCAGGGUGGAAGCGACAUUAAAUGGGUGGAUGGCGGCAAACCACUUUUCAAAGUGUCAACAUUUGUUGUGUCAACAGUGAACACUCAGGACCCGCAUGUGAAUGCAUUUUUCCACCAGUGCCAAAAAAGAGAAAAAGACAUGUCCCAGUCACCUACCUCCAGUUUUGUCCGAGCUUGUAAGAACCUAUUAAAUGUGGACAAGAUCCACUCGAUCAUGAGCUUCCUGCCCGUCAUCUUGAAUCAGCUCUUCAAAAUUCUAGUGCAGAACGAGGAAGAUGAAAUCAGUGCAACCGUCACCAGGGUUCUUGCUGACAUUGUGGCCAAGUGUCAUGAGGAGCAGCUAGACCAUUCCGUCCAGUCAUACAUUAAGUUUGUAUUCAAGACCAAGUCCUACAAAGAGAGAACGAUACAUGAGGAACUGACUAAAAAUUUGAGUGAUCUUUUGAAGUCAAAUGACUCAACGAUAGUCAAGCAUGUCCUAAAGCAUUCUUGGUUCUUCUUUGCAAUUAUUCUAAAAUCAAUGGCACAGCACUUGACUGAUACAAAUAAAAUUCAGCUUCCCAGAGCCCAAAGAUUCCCUGAGUCUUACCAAAGUGAACUAGACAAUCUGGUGAUGGGCCUGUGUGACCACGUGAUUUGGAAAUACAAGGAAGCCCUGGAGGAAACCAAAAGGGCGAACCACAGCGUCGCCAGAUUCCUUAAGCGCUGCUUUACUUUUAUGGACCGGGGAUUCGUGUUUAAGAUGGUGAACAAUUACAUCAGCAUGUUCUCCUCUGGUGAGUUCAAGACUUUAUGCCAGUAUAAGUUUGAUUUUCUUCAAGAAGUUUGCCAACAUGAACACUUCAUUCCUCUGUGCCUCCCCAUAAGAUCAGCGAACAUUCCAGAUCCUCUGACCCCUUCAGAAUCCAUUCAAGAGUUACAUGCCUCAGAUAUGCCUGAAUACUCGGUCACAAAUGAAUUUUGCCGCAAACACUUCUUAAUCGGAAUUCUGCUCCGGGAAGUCGGCUUUGCCCUGCAGGAGGACCAAGAUAUCAGGCACUUAGCUUUAGCUGUCCUAAAAAAUCUAAUGGCCAAGCAUUCUUUCGAUGAUCGAUACAGAGAACCCAGGAAGCAGGCACAGAUAGCGAGCCUGUACAUGCCUUUGUAUGGCAUGCUGCUGGACAAUAUGCCAAGAAUCUACCUGAAGGACCUGUACCCUUUCACAGUGAAUACAUCCAAUCAGGGCUCUAGAGACGACCUAAGCACCAAUGGAGGAUUCCAAACCCAGACGUCCAUGAAACAUGCAACUUCUGUGGAUACAUCAUUUUCCAAAGAUGUUUUAAAUUCCAUAGCAGCAUUUUCAUCAAUAGCUAUUUCUACAGUGAACCAUGCAGAUUCCAGAGCCUCCUUAGCAAGCCUCGACUCCAACCCAAGCACCACGGAGAAGAGCAGUGAGAAGACAGACAACUGUGAAAAGAUCCCAAGGCCCUUAUCUUUGAUUGGGUCAACUUUGCGAUUUGACAAAUUAGAUCAAUCAGAAACGAGGAGUCUCCUUAUGUGCUUCCUUCAUAUUAUGAAGACCAUUUCAGUUGAGACUCUGAUUGCCUACUGGCAGAGAGCUCCCAGCCCAGAGGUGUCAGACUUCUUCAGCAUCUUGGAUGUUUGUCUUCAAAAUUUUAGAUACCUGGGAAAGCGCAAUAUAAUAAGGAUGCAUACCACUUCCGGUCACGAAGGACAUAAACAGCACAGAUCUCAAACUUUACCUAUAAUUCGAGGCAAAAAUGCACUUUCCAACCCCAAACUUUUACAGAUGUUGGACAACACCAUGAACA